ACCAAGUCCAAUAUGUGGGAAAGCCAGCUGCCAACGAAAUUGGAAGAAGUCCACAUGUCUCAUGUCUAUUGGUAAUGACACGAAUAAACCGUAAGACUAGAGAGAGUUGUUAUAAAGAAAAUUCAGGUUACUCACACUAAAACCACUCGGGUUCAGCUGCUGCGAUUCCAAAACAAGAGAAUUUUGCCGGAGAAGAAGAUCAAAUAUGGCUAAGAUGGCGUCGUUUCUUCUGUGUACUAUGUUUCUAUUUGGCACCAUGGCCCUAAUCCAGGCCCAGAAAAAGACCGUAGAUCUGAAAGAAAUCACACACAAGGUCUACUUUGAUGUUGAGAUUAAUGGAAAGCCAGCUGGUCGUGUUGUCAUGGGGCUCUUCGGAAAGGCGGUUCCUAAGACUGCAGAAAAUUUCCGAGCUCUGUGCACAGGAGAGAAAGGCAUUGGCAAGAGUGGAAAGCCACUACAUUACAAAGGUAGCUCAUUUCACAGAAUUAUUCCAAGCUUCAUGAUUCAGGGAGGUGAUUUCACACUUGGUGAUGGAAGAGGUGGUGAAUCGAUUUACGGUGACAAGUUUGCCGAUGAGAAUUUCAAGCUAAAGCACACUGGCCCAGGAUUUUUGUCAAUGGCAAAUGCUGGUCCUGACACCAACGGUUCACAAUUCUUCAUUACAACUGUGACAACUAGCUGGUUGGAUGGAAGACAUGUUGUGUUUGGAAAGGUGAUAUCUGGGAUGGAUGUUGUUUACAAGGUUGAAGCUGAAGGAACACAGAGUGGAACCCCUAAGACAAAAGUUGUGAUUGCAGACAGUGGUGAACUUCCUCUUUAAAUUACUCUACCCUAUAUCAGAAUAUUUUGUUUGUUUUCCUUGUCAACUAGACUGGUUUAGUUAUAUGUUAUGUUCAAUUAGAAUUUCAUGUUCAACUCUCUUACCUAACAUGGUAAUAAGAUGAAGUUUUAAUAGUUGGCUCUAAA